AUGGGUGAACAUGAAACUGUCAGAAUGAUUGAGGGCUGUGUGGUAAACUGUUUGCACAGUGUAGCGCCUGACUUUGCCCAGUAUUCCCCUACCUCACUUGAUAAGCCCAUUUGGAAACACUCAAAAUUCACAGGUGUGUGUAAGGUAGCCAGGGAAGCAUCUUUUCAUAAAAAGAACCAGGUGCCCUACGUACUGCACAUAUGUUUGUGUAACACCAGGUGUGCUUGUGUAUCUCAGGCCUGUUGCCUGAGUAAGCUCUUUUUUAUUUGCAAAUCAUUUGACACUAGAGUAUCUGUCUGA